GGCAUCGUCGGUGCUUUAGCGUUGCGGCGCAAACUUGUGUGGUUGUUGUUUGGUUGUCUGGUGUCUGUGGCUCCUCAGCAGCACAGUCUUAAAUUUUCCUUUCGGAGUCCUUGCGGGUGCAGUAUUUGUGUGUGCGCUUUCACUUGUGCUUGGCUUACUGUCCGCCGCGAAGCAAGCGGUCCUAGGGCCUGGAGCUUUUCCACGAGGGGGAAUCGUUUUUCGGACACCCCCGAUUCGGAAUUAACGAACAUCACAAGGGAUACCAUCAAGAAUGGUGUUAGAGGACAAUACGAUUUUCGAAGUGGAUUAGUGAUAAUUAGAGUAGAAAUUAGUAGUUGCACAAGUUAGUUCUAAAGUAGUUGUAAAUUAAACUCCGGAAAUUGAAGUGAGAAGCAUUUAAGUAAAACGCUACCCAGAAGAAGAAGAGUGCGUUGAGUGAAAAGUUGAAAUAGCUUUCCCUGCUGUCCACCAGUUUGUGCAUAAGCUCGUGAAAGUUAUUCAACCGAAGAGGCGGUCAAGAUAAGAAAAUCAUACGAACCGAUCAUAGGAAGAAGAAAGUGUGCUACCCACCGAGGUCAAGCAGCAGACCUAAUCACGACGCCUAGCCGGUGGAAAAGUGUGAAAAAGUGUUUGCCAUUAGCCUAAUCAAGUUUGUCGUUAAAAUGUGGAAUCGUCUCUCGCCGACCAAUUCCAAUAAACUGUUGCUCGAACAUGCAUAGCGGAUCACUCUGGAGGGAUCGGAACCCCCCUGGAUGCAAGGCCCCCUCAAGGUGGCAUUUCUGGGGGCCUCCGGUGUUGGACGUACUAGUAUCUUGCAGCAAUUUUUCAAGCAUGACUUCCCGAAGACGCACGUUCGCACCAGCCGCCGGUCGGUGUACCGAAGCUGUCUGGUGUGCGACACUUGCAUCCGGGAGCUGAUGGUGAUCGAUGUGCCGCCGCAGAGGCGCUUCCCCGUUGACAAUCUCGCCGAGUGGAACAACGGCCACCCGCUGGGACUCCGAACGGUGCACACCUACGUGCUGGUCUACGACAUGGGCAACCUCGAGACGUUCCAGUACUGCCGCAGCAUGCGUGAUCAGAUCCUAGAGAGCUUUAAUCAUCGUGAUUUCAAAAUUAUGGUUGUGGGCAACAAACUCGACUUGGUAUCGGAAACCAUUCCGCACACUCAGGAAUUAAAAGACAUCUCCUCUCUGGUCAGGAAACACUGGCGCUGCGGCUACGUCGAGUGUUCUGCAAAGCACAACUACAAAAUCGGCGACAUCUUCAAAGAACUGAUGGGCUACCCGGUGGGUGGCACGGCACCCAAGUUGGAAUUUGCCCAAUCGAUUAGAAGCAAAAACAGAUGUACAAUUCUCUAGUAGUAGCUGUAAGUGCGCUGGUUGGAGGAUCACCACGAGGUGCCACACAGAGUUGCAGCAGCCUUCCGAAGGGGAAUUCAUUUAGGAGUGAGACAUAAAUAAGCACAAAUUGUAUGAGGGGGUUAGCUUGGUGAGCGGCCCACCGUGAGAAGCGUGUUCGAAAUCAAGCCUAAAACCUAGUGUUACAUAUUAGCGAAGUAGCAGUUGCGAAAAUGUAGGUAUGAUCGGACAACAACAACAAAAAACCAAUGCGAAAUCAUGUUGACUAUUGAUAUCUAGGAAGUUAAUCGUAAAAUCAAUCGUCACACUUUUGUGUCACCAGCAGACUGUGUAAAAUAAACCCGUGAUUAAAGACAGAUGCAAGCAGAAACGAAGAACGGAUCAGCAAACUAUCCAUUUAGAUUAGGGACAAUAGAGAUAAGACGAGUCGUGUUGUGGAUAUCGAAUCAACCAUACCGUAGCUGGCUGUAUUAAUGUUUAUGUAACUGUGUCUGUAGAUCUACUCAAAACGUCAGGACGAAGCACUGUACACUGUGUAAGAAUAGCGUCAUGAAGGACGAACCGCAGAUCCACUGAUUGAAUCAUCAAUCUUACUCGGUGCUUUUAGGGGGUGGAAAGGAGGCCAAAAUUAAGCACAAUCUAAGCAAGGACGAAUGGCACCGUUCUGAGUAGCUAGAUCCUCAGCCUCCAUCACUGGGAACAAAAGUGGAUGUGAUGCACGUUUUCAGACAAAAGCGAAAGGAUUGUUCAUAGAGCAAAUAACUACACAGGCAACAAAAGGAGAUCACAAAUAGUCUGUCACGAGCACCGGCUUUCGAGAGCAGCAAUCAUUGUUGUUGUACUCAUCAUAAUCGGGUUCGGCCAGAUGAACAGCUAAAGUGGUUUUAUUCUCUGCAUCUGGAAGGGGGCUAAUGAAGUUGUUACCUGGUACGCUUCAAAAGAGGGUGGAUAAUUUAGAUUACAGUUGAUUUUAGUUAAAUUUCAGUUCUUAGAAGCGGUUGGGUUUGCAUGGAAAGGAUUGAUGCU